GUCAUUCACAUCCUCCUAGUUGACCUCAUAUCACACCCUCUUUCUUUCCCUUACACCUUUACCCCUUUCACUUCAUAGACGAUCUCCGAAGUGAGAGCGACCGCAUCCCCGUUCGCAGCGGUGUGCCACUGUCCAGUAGCCUCGUUCGAAAGCUCCCCAGGAGCUGGAGCUCCAUUGCGUGACAGUCGUCAAGAUUAUCUCUACCACACCUCCUUUCCACCAUGGCGGAUACCGAACGCGACAUUCGCGAGCCUGAGCACGAGGCCCAGGAUGUGGAGAGGCACGAGGAAGAGAGACACGGUGAAGCCGCGCCGGCCGAGGAAGAGAGCAACGAUCCUGACAUCGCCGAAAUGAAGCGACGCGUGCAGGAAAUGGAGGAAGAAGCCGCCAAGCUGCGAGAGAUGCAGGCCUCGCUGGACCACGAGCGCCACGACCUACGCGAGAACAGGGAAGACGUGGACGCUCGGAGUAUCUUUGUCGGCAAUGUCGACUACGGUGCCUCGCCGGAGGAAAUCCAGGCGCAUUUCCAGAGCUGCGGCAGCAUAAAUCGUGUGACGAUUCUGCUGGACAAGUUUACGGGUCAUCCUAAAGGGUAUGCGUAUGUUGAGUUCACAGAGCCGAGCCUGGUCAACCAAGCCCUUGUCCUAAACGACAGCGUGUUCCGGGGUAGAAAUCUCAAAGUCGUUCCCAAGCGGACUAAUCUUCCGGGCAUGUCUCGAGGCGGACGCGGUGGGCGCGGGGGCCGCGGUGGUGGAUACGGCGGCCGUGGAUCACCGUAUGGUGGCAGAGGUGGAUAUGGUCCUCCGCGUGGAGGAGGUUAUCGUGGUGGCUACCGUCCUCGUGGCCAGCAAUAUCGCCCUUACUAGACCAGCGCAAAGUCCAAAUGGGAACUUAGGUCACCUACCACGAUUGGGAGCCUCCUUGGUUUCGGCAGGGAAAAUUUUUCUGUAAAGGGGUCUUGUACUUGUACUUGGAGAGGCGGCUUGCACUGGACUAACGGACCUCCAAUCGCCGACGGCAACAUGUCAAACAUCGAAAAUUGCGAGAAACUGCUUGGAGCACGAUACCGCGGCGGGGCUCAUAAUGGGGGUCAAUUUAUUAGAGGUUCACAAAUAGGACUGAUCCGGCAUACUUUGGCAUCAUUCUUCAUUUUCGAG